AACAUCUACAUUUACACACACACAUUAAUUAAAUAUUAAUUAAGUUAAUUGACUGAUUUGUAUUAGUGACAGGAACUAUAUUGCAUUUCAUCACAUUCCUGUGUGUUAAUUGUUAAUGUCGUGAAUGAGAAUUAGUUUGGAGGGAAAAUAUUGCUGAGCAGCGAUGAAGCAGGUAAAUAGGCCUACAGGUGUAGAUAAACCUCAGUUUGUGGGCUAUUCGUUUCUCCCAACACAAGUUCAAAGUAAAGCAGGCUAAUAAGAUUCAUAGUGGGAGGGUAGAAAGCCGUGUAUCUACCAUUCAGACGCAUUUACUCCAACCAGAAGCCAGAGAAAGAGAGAGCGGGCGAAAACCAGCCAGUAAUGGUCAUCCACACAAGUGCGCAUGUAGGUGUGGUGUAAAGAACAAGAGUUGUGUCUGAAGCAUGGAGUUAAGCUUAGUGUAAUUCCAGGUGCGUACGAGAGCGUCAUGGAUAAAGCGAAUCUAGCGCUUCUGAGAUCAGUGAUAGGGAAUGUCGGGGACGCGUUAGUCAUCACGAGCCUCGGCGCAGACACCGGUGCCUUUACAGUCUGUUUUUCGUCGUCGUGAUGCUUUAGUGAUGUAGGUUUUCGAGAAGCACAGGUGGGAGCGCCUUGUCUUCACACCACAGUGCACUUAUUUCUCUUUCUGACUUCCACUGAUCGGUUCGGGUGAAACAACAGACUAAACAUGGAUACGCCGAGGGAAACCAGGAAACAAAAAAUCAAAGCCAAAUCAGCGAAGCGCAAGCACAAGUCCCAGAAGCUGUUCAGAAGGAAAUCGCUAAGAUCGCUUGGAAAUUUUAUGAGCAGAAUUGUCAAAACUUUGGGCACUUUGGCACACUUGGGGGACGCGGACCAGCCGGACGCGGCGGAGGAUGAUGAUGGUGGCUUUGGAGACACUCUGAGCGUCCACAGCUCUGGGAAUCACAGAGAGAGCUCGGUCAGGAAGACCGCUGCGCCCUCAUCUUCUUAUGGGUCUGUCAAAGAAAGACUGUCCUGGUGUUACGGCGAGAAAACUCCGGGAGUUCAGGGUCUGAAGAACCACGGAAACACCUGUUUCAUGAACGCCGUGGUGCAGUGCUUGAGUAACACGGAACUUCUGGCAGAGUAUUUGGGUCUGGAGCAGUAUAAAUGUGAAUUCAAUGAGCGGAGGAUCAACGGGAUGAUGAAGAAUGAGGAGGUCAGGGGGGAGGUGACGGAGAAGCUGGCAUCGCUUGUGAGGGCGCUCUGGACGCUCGAUUACACGCCUCAGCUGUCAGUGGAAUUUAAGAGUGUUGUGUCCAAGUAUGGCUCUCAGUUCAAGGGGAACGCUCAACAUGAUGCCUUGGAGUUCCUGCUGUGGCUUCUGGACUGUGUACACGAGGACGCCAGCCUUUCCACCAACAACAACCACAACAGCAAAACCAAACCAUCCAGCAAGGGUCCUGUGGGAUUGGAGGAGAGCUCAUGCCCCGGCCCAGCAAACUCACAGCAGCCUGGAACUCGACACAGUUUUGUACAGGAGCACUUCCAAGCUCAGUACAGGUCAUCAUUGACGUGCCCUCAUUGCCUUAAACAGAGCAACACUUUUGACCCUUUCCUGUGUAUUUCACUUCCAAUCCCACUGCGACAGACCAGGGCCCUGAAUGUGAUUCUGGUGUUCAACACUGAAGGUCAGCGGUUUCUGAAAGUAGGGUUGGCUGUGCCUCUCUUUGGGUCUAUCUCAAUGCUCAGGGCCUUGGUAGCAGAGGAGGGCAAGAUCUCUCCAGACCUGGUGAUUUUGACAGAGAUGAACUCAAAUGGGUUUCAGCGCUCUUUCUCUGAUGAAGAUGAUAUGACGAGUAUCUCAGAGAGUGAUGUCAUCUACGCCUUCCAGGCUCCACCCCUCUUCACAAGAGGAGGCUCCAUGCGAUUCUCAGGGUUCCAUUUUUAGCUCCCUUCCUCGCCAUACAUUGCAGAGCCUGAAGGUCACAGGUUACCACCCUCAGGGACGUUAUCGUCAGAAUUCUUGAAUCAGGGUGGUUCUUCAAAGAUCCUCCUGUUAAUCUGCAAUGUUGCUGGGUCUGGCCAACAAGCUACAAGGUUUGGGCCUCCAAUCCUGAUGAGAGUAGAAAGGACUCAGUCUUGGGAUCAUCUACAACAGAGUGUCUGCAAUAAGCUUUACUUAUUUCAGAAAAAUACUAUCAUAAAGACUACUGAACUGUUUAGGAUUCGUUGUAGGGUGGGGGGGUCGGCUUCCUGCAGUUACCGGACUCCCCACGACAGCAGACCUCUGUGCCACCCAACUGUGGACAGGGCCCUGAAAUUAUGCGGUCCUGGUGGACCUCUGCAUGUGAAGCUUGUGAUUGAAUGGGAGAACAGAAUCAAAGAAUGUCUCUUUGGUAACAUUCAAGAGGAAGUUAUUGAGGAUGCAGAGAGUGUGAGAAUGCAGCAGCAGAAUCAUGUACAGCAGCACAGCUGCACGCUGGAUGAGUGUUUUCAGCUCUACACCAAAGAGGAGCAGCUGGCGCCAGAUGAUGCGUGGAAGUGCCCCCACUGUAAGCAGAUGCAGCAGGGGAUGGUGAAGAUGAGCUUAUGGACCCUGCCUGACAUCCUCAUCCUGCACCUCAAGCGUUUUCGGAGGUGGGGCAAACGGCGAAACAAGCUCUCUACCCUCAUUCGCUUUCCGAUAAGCGGUCUGGAUAUGACUCCCCAUGUGGUGAAACGCAGUCAGAGCAUGAAGAAUCUGGCCCCGUGGCCUGCAACUUGGAAACAUGGAGAUACUGACUUCCUUUAUGACCUGUAUGCAGUCUGUAACCACCAUGGAGGCAUGCGAGGCCGUUACACAGCCUAUUGUAGGAACUCCGUGGACGGCCACUGGUACAGUUAUGACGACAGCAGUGUGGAGAUUGUGCCAGAGGAGGAACUGUGCACACGAGGGGCAUAUAUCCUGUUCUACCAGAGAAGAAAUGUCAUCCCACCCUGGUCCGCCAACAGCUCGGUCAGAGGUUCCAUCAGCUCCUCUAUGUCAGAUCACUGGCUCAUCCGUUUGAAUUGUGACAGUAAAAGAGGAAGCAUGGUAUCACGGUCUUCCACAACAUGCCCUUCUUCCAUCCCAGACUCCCCAGAGUCUCCCGUCUUUCAAAAUGAACCCUCAAGGGAAGAGAGAGGUGGGUUUGAAAGCAGACCUUUUGUGCGAGGAAUCCAAGGGCGUAGUGUAAGCAUGAAAAGUCCCACCAAGACCAAAAUGCUCCCACUGCGAUGGUCAUUUGGAAAUAAAGACCGCCACAAACCUGCCCAAGCUCCUGGCCAGGCUCCUGCAGAGCUGGUGGAGUAUUUAGAGUCCGGAAGAAGGCCAAGAUGCACCAAAGACCCCAUUGUUGCCCUAAUGACUCGACCUUCCGAUAAAGAAAGCAGUAAAGAAGAAGAUACGAAAAAAUCCACAGCCAAAUCUUCAAUCCACAGCAGCCUUGGACCUCCAGAGUUUCUCAAAAUACCAAAAGGUCAAGAAAGAAGUAGCUCAGAGAAAGCAAUGGGCCAACAACCCAGCAGCAGCAGUAGACCAAGAGAAGAUGGAACUUUGACCAGACGGAGCAGCAGAAAAUCAAAACAGGACAAAUCACAGUCCAGAAACAGCUCCAGCACGGGGAUCCAAUCCAGUUCCAGUGGUCCAAGUGGGUGGGAUGAUCCAGGCGAGGAGCGACACCAUCCGGAGGAGAGACAGAGAAAGGGACAGGAGACAAAACAUCAUGACAGUGUCUUUGCUUUUCUGAAAGGUGGUUUCAUGAAGAAAGACUCGCUUCGGAGGUCUCGAGAAGUUGAAUCUGUGAAAAGAGGUGACGCAGAGGUAAAGAACCCAUCUGGAGUUUCUCUCUCCAAUGGGACACACAAAAGAACUUCGGAAGGUAAAGCUAAUAGCACUAACCAAGUUCGUAGCAGACUCGGAGAUGAAUUUGCAAAUGGCAAGGUGAGUCGUGGGUCAUCAGACAUUAAACGCUCACAAAGUUCUUCCAAUAUUCAAAGCAAGGCCGAUCUAAGCUUAAGAAGGACGGCAUCUCUGCACAGGCAUGGCACGUCGGCAGCUACACAGAACGUUCCUUUGGACAGGGGCUCUCAGAACACCCUGCAACGCACACGCUACAGCAACAACUCACUGGGCAGAAAGAAGGCAGUCCCUGAAUCAAGCUUCUGA